GAGAAGUUUGCAACUCUGGAAGAUAAUGAUGGCUGAAAAAUUUGGUUCCACUCGGCGAAAUCUGGCUGCCUGCUCAACAGAUGACCUUGAUUCUGGAUUAGGUGAGAUGACCAAUGACUAUGGUUAUGGGUACACUAGUGAUGGUGGGGCAUCAAUUGAAAUGCAGAACAUAGGAACUGAUAACUAUGAGUGUCCGGAGCAGAAGCCAAUCCUUGAAACUCCCAUUGAGAAAGAAAUCCGAUUAGCCUUGGAAAGGGAAGAAAUUCUUCGCAAGGAACGAGGAAUUAGCAAGGCAGUGAGCUCUGAUGAAAUGGUGGAAAUCAAGACGAAACCACUCUUAUCCCAACUAUCCCCUGGAUCUCCUUUCUUAAAACAUAAAGACAAGAAUCGGAUGGUCUUUUUUGUACAGAGAGAAAUUGAAAUGGACACCAAGAGGGAGGAGAAAUUGAAGGAAGAAGGCAAAGUCAAAGGCCUGUAUGAUAAAGGAGUGCCUCAAGAAGUGGAAGAACGGAAAAAGGUAUUUGAGCAGCAAACGGAUGAUGUGCCAGUUGCACCACAGCCGGGUUGGCAGACCAGGUUAGUCCGCUCGGCUUCACGGGAAUCUCUAGAUGUGCAUGAUGUUCUAGAGGAAAGCAACUCGGUACAUUCUGACUCAACUGAAAAGAGAUCGGAGUCCCAGCCCUACACCCUGCGACCUUGGAAGCCUCAGACCAACUUCCUGAUUGAGCAGGAAAUUGAGGACGAGCAACGUCGGGAGGCGGAGCUGCGGGCGCAGAGACUGAGGCAGCAGCCUGGAGGGAGUCUUCCUUCAGCAACAGUCUCCACAUUGGAGUCCCAAAGUCCCCCAGUGUAUCCUCAGUUGACGUCCAGAGAUGGAGCUUUGAACGGUGAUCGAACAGACGAUCUCCCAGCGACGCACUGCCAGGAAGAGAGGAGAGCGAAACCUUCUGGAAAAAAGGAUGACUCUUCGUAUGCUGGUAUCGAGCCUUCUGAUGACGUCAACACUGAGGUACUUGAAUCUACCAGAGUCACUCGCCGUAAAAGCACAAUGGCCCAGCGCUGGGAAGCAGGGAUAUUCAACAAUCAUCUGGACGAAUGAAGCCAGCCCAGCUGCCAGCAAUAUAUAAUUGUAUACAUAUUGAUAGUGAAAUUAUGGAAAGCACUGCCUAUUGAUCAGAAAUUAAGUUCUUUAUAGCACUCUGGACAAAUUUCCAUCUCUGAGUGACUCUCCUGUUUUCAAACAGUGACCAGUAAACUUCAAGAACAAAGACACAAAUCUGAAGUCCAACCUUCUUGCCCCAAGUUUGCAAUCCCAUCCAACUCCUCACUUCGUUCUAUGUGAGUUCAAUGCAACGUCAAUCUCACACAUGUACUAUCUCAGCCCCAACCUAAAUAAUACUAUUAUGCACUGUUCUCCAUCAAACACAAACUGAGUCACAGAAACUCUUUUCCAGUAUCCAGUCUCCGACCUCGAUGUUGAGGCCCAAGAUUGUGUCUUUCUUUAAUAACCACAGUGCCUUAUCAGACAGUUGCCACUUGUUUGCCAUGAAGGCAAUGGGUUAUAGUAUUCACAGCCAGAUUUCCCCCCGAUUCCCUCUACAUCACAGACCUCUUAGCAGCGUUUCUUUAGUUUGGUAAAUUUACAUGAAAUGCUCAGUUUCAUGAAGAGAACUAUAAAUAAAAAUGUUUGCUUUUUGUUUCUAUAGAUAUCAAUCAACCAUUUGAAAGAAAACAAAUGAAUGCUUGUGUGCCAUUAUUUAAAAAUAUAUAAAUAAAUUAGCAUUUGGAACAAAA